CCUGUUGGGAUCCAGGACGCUCUAUGCGGCUCGAGUCUUAUACCUAAAUCUUAGAGCUCAGAGCUACCGGAGAUGGGCCAUGUGGUUAUUGAAAUCGUUAUGGAUCCGGCCUCUCCUAAGCCUUCAAUGUACCAGGGGCGCUCAAGCUGGCCUCGGGUUUUGUAGCUGGAAGCGCCAGCGGAAGCAAUUGCUGCAUCCACUGAUGGCUAAUCGCAGCCUCUGCAUGGCCGGCUGCUCCCAGGACGCCUCAUAUAAACGCCUCAUUAAUGAAGGAGAGAAAAAGACAGUUAUCUGCAUUGAGGGGAAUAUUGCAAGUGGAAAAACAACAUGCCUGGAUUAUUUUGCCAAAACUACCAGCAUUGAGGUUUUGACGGAACCUGUGCCUAAGUGGAGGAAUGUACGUGGUCACAAUCUUCUGGGCUUAAUGUAUCAAGAUUCAUCACGGUGGGGGAUAACGUUGCAGACAUACAUACAGCUUACCAUGUUGGAUCAGCAUACCAGGCCAAUGAUUUCCCCGCUAAGAAUGAUGGAGAGGUCAAUUCACAGUGCAAAACACAUUUUUGUAGAAAACUUAUAUCGAAGUGGGAGAAUGCCAGAAGUGGAUUACGUAGUGCUAACUGAAUGGUUUGAAUGGAUCACAAAGAACACUGAUGUUUCAGUUGAUUUGAUAGUUUAUCUACAGACUUCUCCUGAAACUUGUUAUGAGAGAUUAAAGAACAGAUGCAGAGAAGAGGAAAAGAUCAUUGCUAUGGAAUAUUUAGAAGCUAUCCAUCAGCUCUAUGAGGAGUGGCUUAUUAAACAAACACUGUUUAAAGUUCCUUCUCCAGUGCUUGUGAUUCCAGCUGAUAAUGACAUGCAGAAAAUGAUAGAAAAGUAUGAAGAAAAUCGGGACCGAAUAUUAACCCCGUACAAUAUACAACACUGUCUGUAGAAAUCCAGUUUUAUGGUCAUGCUUUAAAAAACAUGUCCAGCAGGGGAAUUCUGAUCAACAUUCCCAACUCUUUUUAUGAUGUGGUCUCUUGGUUGAGAUUUUGUCUUGUAAAGUGUCAAUGACUUUAGCUAGGAAAAGGCCACAAACAGGCCAUAUCCUGUUUACCUUCAGCUUCUUGCACUUUUAAGUUCCAGUGCAGCUUUACUGAUCUCAGACUACCUUUGACAGGAAGCUGCUGUAUCUCAUCUCCCUGCUUCACUUCUGCAUUGUAUAAAUACCUUUCUGAUAUUGCAUUUUCUCAUGAUAAUGUGCUUUCAUUCACUCCAAAUAGCCCCAUAUAUGUCCUCUCAUGUAAUUCGAAGGCUGUGAAUAAGUCAAGCUUAUGUAGUCAGUAAGUGAGCAAAUUCAAUCCAAUUUUGUAACAAUUUUCAAUGGAAAAGCAAUGAAAUAACUAAUUAUGCUACUGUUCUCAACCACCAUUUUCACAAAAUAUCAUUAAUUGCACUUAAAAUAGGAAAACUAAACAGUUCAUUUCUUCA